UUGUAUAUUACUCUUUGUAAUAAUACUGGCUGAACGAAAAAAGUUGGUUUCAAUUCGCACGUCAGUUAAACAACUUAAGAUUUUUUGAUAAGUUGACGGCAAAGAUUCAAAAUGCGAUAUUUAGCAUUUUUGUUGUUGUGCUGUUUAUUAGAGAAAACCACCAGUCGACCGCAGGCGGUUACCCAAGAUUACAAGGAUGCCGAAGAAGCCGAAUACGAGAACGAGGACUCGCCGCACAGGGAUGAAGAUGCAGCAGUCGAUGAAAGGGCUAACAUUAAAGAAGAUGACGAAGUAAUGGAGCCGCAUCACAACAGGAAUUAUUUUUUCAAGCAUCAUGGCGCGGGCAGGAGUCCAGAGGAGCGAACCACCAAGGAGAACACAAAUGAUAACUUUUCAGAGUUCAAAUCGGCAAGCAGAAUCGAAGGGCCAGAUGAAGAUGCUUCCGAAAACGAACAGGAUCAACCAGUGACUAACAGGAGAUAUGACCGGCAAAACGAACUUAACAGCCGUAAGAAUCAAUUUAUUCAAGCGUUGGUAAAUCAAAAAGAAAACAGCGUCUUGCGAAAUCUUCAACUAAUUAAAAGAAAAGAUAAUGCUGAGCAGGAAGAAAGCAAUGAUAAUUUGUACGAAAGCGACUCUAAUCAAGAACACGUUAGUAAAAAUGAUAAAAAUAAACACAACGAUGACGCUGCUGAACAUGUUGGACAAUCUAACUAUUAUAAUCACUAUUACAACAGAUCACCAACCGAAAACAAUGAAUCUGAAGAUGAUCCAUAUGAGGAAAUCAAUGCAGAAGACGCUAAUCGCGAUCGACGUGACACAAAUGAUCCUGAUGAAUCUAUUAACAACGGGAAUGCUCAUGAUAUGAAAGAAAAGAAAGAUUUAGAAGACUUCGAAAAUGAAGCUGAGCAAGCCAUUAUCCAGAGAUAUGUGAAAAAACUUAAUAAAAAAGAAGUGGAAAAUCUAAUGAGAACUCUUUCAGAAGAUAAGAGAGCAAUAUUACAGCAAAUUAUUAGCGAUGAAAGCAAUCAAGCGAUCAGCUUAAACAAACGAGAAAUAACUAAAAAAGCAGAAGCCGUAGAAGAAAAUAAUUUCAUGGAUGGAGUCCAAUCGGAUUCCAAUAAAAUUUUAGGCCCCCUUGUAAAUUUUAACCUGGCCAAUGGAAUAACUAAUAAAAACAAUGACCAAACUGGAAUGACCCCGGCCAUAGAAGAAACCGUAUCUAGCACCAACGUUGGAGAAAAUAAAAUAAAAAGACGAUCCAACGAAGAAGGGGUCUCAGAAAAAUCUGAAAACGGAGCAGUUGCUACAAGCAGUACUGAAUCCGUAACAGUUAAAAGUGAGAAUAAAAGAGAAGUAAAUGUUAACGAAUUGAAUAACGAGGGAUCUCCUGUUAACAGCUUUAAUAUAAAUGAACCGCAAGAGUCUUCUAUCAUUGGUUCACAAGACGAACUUUAUGCUAGUUCGCAAGAUGAAGAUUUGUCACAAUUAAUGGACGAUGAUGUGCAACUACAUUACGAUUAUCAUAAUCCGCAAAAACGAGAUCUAAUGCAAGAAAACAACGAAAACAUGGCAGAACCUAUGAAGUCUUUACAUGAAUCAUUUGCCGAUACUAAUAAUUAUGAAAACACUGGUUACACUGGUGACUUGAAUAUGAUGCCUUUAAUAAGGGUCAAGAGGAAAAAUUACGAGCAUGCAGUGAAAAAGCGAGCAGCUGCUAUUAUGCCAGAGUCUAAAGUAGCGUAUGUUCCCGAAAAUGAAGACGAAGAUAAUGAUGAAGGCAACGAGAUUUAUGAUAACGGCUUUUUUGAUAGAACGGCAAGCUUUGCAAAGAGCAACAAGAGAGUUGGCAAGGUGAGUGACACGAGAGAAAGCGCUUUUAAAUUGAACACUGACGGGAAUCAAGGUGUUUUCAAACGGUCAAGCGCAGAGGGAAGUCAUAUCGAUGACGUUGCUAGAGACAAUAUGAGCAUCGGGUCUGACACGGACAGUGUUUUGUCUGGGGUGGAAGGAGUCAACGAAAAUUUGAUGUACAGUGGUGGAUGUCGGAAAAAACGAGCCGCUGAGGAGAUUACUAAAUUGGUACCCGUUGACGAUACUAUUAACAUACUCCCAAAUGCGUCACGCUCGUCUUUGAUGGGUGACACCGGCAGACCUGAAAUCUUCGGGACGAGUUUUAAUAGCAAUGAUGCCUUUGGGUCCUCUUCAAAAACUUACGAUGGAGAAUUGGGCCGUUAUAAAAGAAUACGGCGAUUGAAACACCCGUCAGCUGUGAACAGCUCUACAACUACAGUCGCCAAGUAAUAGAUUAU